GACCGACAGGAGAAUAAAGAAGCUUUCCAGGUCCUUGAUGCUCGAGCUUGUGUAUUCUUACGGAACAACUAGCAGCCUAUGAAGAUUUCCCAAAACAAACAAAAAUCCUAAAGAUUUGCAUUUCCUAAGCCUAAUGAAAAUGAUUCCGGUCACGGAAUUCCGUCAGUUCACGGAACAGCAGCCGGCUUUCCGAGUCCUAAAGCCGUGGUGGGAUGUCUUCGCCGAAUAUCUCUCCGUGGUCAUGCUCAUGAUCGGUGUGUUUGGAUGCACACUACAGGUAAUGCAAGACAAGAUAAUUUGUCUUCCUCAAACUGUGUAUGCGCCGAACAAAACGUUGCCUUCAGUAAACCAGACGGCGCUCAUGAGGGAUCCGACCAAUUCGUCUCUUCCACCUGUCUCCUCAGUGCCUGUAUCCUAUGAGAUGAAGGGACUCAAAACCAACCUGGAUUUGCAGCAGUACAGCUUUGUAAACCAGCUGUGCUAUGAAAAAGCUCUGCAUUGGUAUGCCAAGUAUUUUCCUUACCUGGUGCUCAUACACACCCUUGUGUUCAUGGUGUGCAGUAAUUUCUGGUUCAAGUUUCCUGGAUCAAGCUCAAAAAUUGAACACUUCAUCUCCAUAUUGGGCAAAUGUUUUGAUUCUCCAUGGACUACGAGGGCUCUGUCUGAGGUUUCAGGAGAGAGUCCAGAGGAGAAAGACCACAAAAAGAACAGUGCAAGUAAAUCAAACCUUAAUAUUUCCACUGAAGAGGGUAACCUGGAGAAAACCCAGUCACUGAGAUCGAUCCCUGAAAGGAUUGUGGUGGACAAACCAACAGCGAGUGCACUUGACAAGAAGGAAGGAGAACAAGCCAAAGCAUUGUUUGAGAAGGUGAAAAAGUUCAGACUUCACGUGGAGGAAGGGGAUUUGUUGUACCUCAUGUAUGUUCGACAGACCGUUAUCAAAGUGAUUAAGUUUGUUCUUAUUGUUGCCUACAACACGCUUCUGGUGUCGAAGGUUAGGAUUACAGUCCAGUGCGAAGCAGAUGUAGAAAAUAUGACUGGCUACAAAAAGUUUUUGUGCAAUCACACAAUGGCCCAUCUCUUCUCCAAACUCUGUUACUGCUAUUUGUGUUUUGUGAUUGUCUAUGGAUUAACGUGCCUUUAUACAUCAUACUGGCUUUUUUACCGUUCCCUGAAAGAGUAUUCUUUUGAAUAUGUGCGGCAGGAGACUGGAAUCGAUGACAUCCCUGAUGUCAAGAAUGAUUUCGCUUUUAUGUUGCACUUGAUUGACCAAUAUGAUCCACUCUAUUCCAAGAGGUUUGCAGUGUUUCUGUCUGAGGUUAGUGAAAACAAGCUAAAACAACUUAACCUAAACCAUGAGUGGACAGUGGACAAACUUCGCCAAAAGCUACAGAGCAAUGCCAGCGACCGGCUGGAGCUUCAGCUCUUCAUGCUCUCAGGGCUUCCAGAUACAGUCUUUGAGGUCAUCGAGCUGCAAUCGUUAAAAUUGGAGAUUAUUAAUAAUGUCACGAUCCCUGCAUCAAUCUCCCAGCUGGAAGAUCUUCAGGAGCUUUCUCUGCACCAGUGUGCUCUGAAAAUCCACACAGGGGCCCUUUCUUUCCUAAAGGAAAACCUUAAGGUUCUGCGUGUGAAGUUUGAUGACAACCGUGAGCUUCCUCUGUGGCUCUACAGCCUCAGAAACUUGGAGGAACUCCACCUUAAUGGAUCUCUGAGUCCAGAUGCAUCAAAGAACAUAACCCUAGACUCUCUACGUGACCUGAAGUCCCUUAAGACCUUGACACUCAAAAGCAACCUUACGAAGAUCCCCCAGUCCAUUGUGGAUGUGUCUAGCCACCUGCAGCGCCUGUACGUGCACAAUGACGGCACCAAGCUGGUCAUGCUCAACAACCUGAAAAAAAUGGUGCAUCUUAUAGAGCUUGAGCUGGUUCAUUGUGACCUUGAACGCAUUCCACAUGCCAUCUUCAGUCUGACCCACCUGCAGGAGCUGGACUUGAAAGAGAACAGCUUACGCUCUGUUGAGGAGAUCAUUAGCUUCCAGCACCUCCGGAAACUCACUUGCUUAAAGCUGUGGCACAAUGCAAUCACUCACAUCCCUGAGCACAUCAAGAAGUUGGGCAGUCUGGAACGACUCUAUUUUAGUCACAAUAAGAUUGAGAUUUUGCCUUCACAUCUGUUUCUGUGCAACAAGCUACGCUAUCUUGACCUUUCCUUUAAUGACAUCAGCUUCAUUCCUCCAGAGGUAGGAGUUCUCCAGAGCCUUCAGUACUUCUCUCUCUCUAGCAACAAAAUUGAGAACCUCCCAGAUGAACUCUUCUUCUGCAAGAAGCUGAAGACCCUCAAGCUCGGGAGAAACAUGCUCUCUGUGCUCUCACCAAAGAUUUCCUACCUGGCUUCACUGACUUAUUUGGAGUUAAAGGGCAAUCAUUUUGAAGUUUUGCCCGCUGAGCUUGGCUCCUGUCAAGCUUUGAAGCGCAGUGGCCUUGUGGUGGAAGACACCCUGUUUGACACUCUGCCUUCAGACGUCAGGGAUAACAUGAAAGCUGAGUGAUCUGUCUUACCUUUUGGUAAAGUUCCUCAAAUGUUUAAAAAAGGCAGCAUUACUAAUUAUUUUUUAACUGAACCGGUAUCACACUCAACUUUUUGACGUUUACAGGUGACUACAUGCUUUUAAAUGCUUGUUUUAAUCUUAUUAAAAAAUAUUAAAGGAAUCUUUGAAGUAGAACUUAGUGUUGUACCUGACAGUUGAUGUUGAAAGAAAAAUUACAGUAGAUCCUUCAUUUAUAUAAGCACCUUAUUGGGUAAUCUAGAAAUCUGAAUACUAUAUCGAAGAAUAAAGAUUUCAGUGUUGAUGUGUAUUCACAGAAAGUUCUCGAAUUGCAUGUAUUAUAUUACUAAUAAUCGUGAGGAUUUUAUUAUCUAUGUGAAGGUUUAAAUGAACCAUGCUAGCCUACCAAACUGCAGUAUUUGCCUCUGUAAAGAUUAAAUGACCUUUGCAACCUCUUUAUAGUUGCUGACAGGGGUGAUCAAUGGAGAAGGGCUUAUUUUUUACAUUGGUCGUAUACUGUGUUUUUCCCUUGGAUCCUACCUGUUAAAUGCAUAAUUGUUUUUUUACACUAAACCAAUUUCAGUGAGCAAGUGGCUCAAUAAUUAAAGCAGAGCGGAAUACAAGGCUACUGCAGAGGUGCUGCCAUGCGCAGUCUGUUUGUAGCAUUUGUGACGAUAAAUCAAUGUUUUUUUUUCUCUCAAAAAAAAAAAAUUAAACCAUACAGAUGAAAUUAUUGAGGAAAAGUUAAUUCAUUGAAGAGUAAACCAAACCAAAGUUGUUGAUUCUGGUAGUGUGAAAUUUCACUUUAUGCCUACUUUGACAAUGUUCACAGUCAUCAGUCUUGAGAGCCUGUACACUAAACCAGUUGCUUAAUGUUAGAGUGGUGACGACAGACUUUUUUAUUGCCCUUCCCCAAUCUUAUCCACCAACAAAUGUUGGGGUAGUUGUGGGAGUAUAAAAAAAAAUGUUCUUUAAGGUCUACUAGAAUUCUGCCACCUCUGCUACUACAACACUAACAAUUUGCACUGAAACAUUAACAAGCCAUCAUCUAAUUUAACAACAUUUAGCAUGUGUAUAAAGUAUGUGUAGAAACUGUAGAAAUUUUAUCGAAAUAUACUUGUAUAGAUAUAGUACUGCUUUCUUGAAUUAUGUAGUCUACUUGUUGGUUCACUGGAGUGUGUGAAGGAUUUCGGCGUUAGGUGAGAGUGAAUGGUGUCACCACAAUUACUUAAUUGUUCUCAGGUAAUCUGUCUAGUUCUUUUUUUUUUUUGCAUCAGUGUUUCAGAGUUUUACUGAUGUUCAUGACAAGCUGAAGGAACUCCUGUCAAAAUAUACCUCCUAUAAAGAUACAUGAGUCACACUUCAUGCUAUUAUAAGCUGUUUCUUAAUUUACAAAUUUCAUAUAGUAUUGUUAAGUGUUUCAUAGCUAGACUGAUAUAAGCGUUCCAAUUUCGCUCUUCUGGCUUUUACAAUCUUUUUCUACAGUGACAAUUGUUCGCAUUCACUUCUCAAAAAUAGGUUUUUACUGCUUGUUGUCUUUUUAUUUAUUUAUUUUUUUGUGCCGCUACCUUCCUGAAGCUUACAUACCAGGUAUUCAGCUAGAACCAAAAAAAUGUUAGUGUUUUAGUUAGAUUUUUCUUUAAGCUUUAGAUUAGUUAGAUGUACUAGACUUUUAUGGGUUUGUUUCAGAGCUGGAAAAGUGUGCCUAUUAAAAAGGGAGCAUUAAAUAUGGACUCUCUUAAUUGCCAGUAAUUGCCUUUGCACUGUUUUACUGUAAAAUUUUAUACUUCUGCUUGCUGUAGUUUCAACUUUUUUUUUUUUUCCUGUGCAGAAAGAUUUGCUUACCACAAAACAAUAAAGAUACAGAACAUUCUGUGCA